AUGAUGGAAGAUAUCAUUCAAAGUGAGGCACAGCCUACGGGUGCAUUCGAAGAAGUUUUGACGCCAAAGCUUCAGGAUCGGAUGGCCAAGGCUACACAGCAUCAGGAACAACAACUGGAUGCUAUCUACUCAGGUGUCAAGCAGCUUCAUUUUGCAGCAGACGCGGCGAAUGAAGAAGUCCUGAUGCAGAAUGCAAUGCUGGACGAGACAGUCGUGCAUGUCAAUGAAACCGAUGCAGCAGUGCAACAGCAAACGAAAGCAGCUCGCAAAGUUGUGCACAGACACCGCAAACUUAGCUGCUACUACGGGGUGAUCGUGCUGCUAACUGCUGCCCUGCUCAUCGUCGUAUUCGUUUAA